CCAUAUUACUUAAUAGUGCUUUAGUAAGUAUUUUAUUUUAAAAGCCCCUUGGAAAAAAAAAAGCGAAAACGCACUUUUUUUCCUUUUUCUUCGUUUAUCUAAUCUAACUUUAUGAUUUCACAGUUCACUCAACCUUUAAACACAAGUGUACUACUCAACGCUUACAAAUCUACACAAAAGCGUUUAUUUUUGUUCGACUACGAUGGAACUUUGACGCCCAUCGUAAGUAACCCAGCAGAUGCGCAACCCACCGUAAACUUAUUACACUCUCUUGAUGCUUUAUGCAAAGAUCCCUGCAACACCGUUUGGAUCAUCUCUGGCCGUGAUCAAAUGUUUUUAGACACUCAUCUUGGAAAAAUUCCACGCUUGGGUUUAAGUGCGGAACACGGUUCGUUUAUGAAAAAGGCAGGUUAUAACGAUUGGAUCGACAUGUUGGCUGAUGCAGACAUGUCUUGGAAAGAGGUCGCUUUGAAUAUUUUUGAAAAGUAUACACGCUUAAACCCAGGCACCGUGAUUGAACAAAAGAAAUCCUCCAUCACUUGGCAUUACCGUAAUGCCGUUAAUACAGACGAGGCGUAAGUUUCUAUUGAAUAACUGUACCUGUCUUAUCUUUUUAAUUUUGUUGUUUGGGUACUAGUGAAAAGCAGUCUGAAUUAUGUCAUGCCGAAUUGAUCCAAAUUCCUGGUGUAGAUAUACUUGUUGGAAAAAUGAAUUUAGAAGUUAGAUCAUUGUUAGUGAAUAAGGGUGAGGUGGUUAAGCGCAUCAAGCAGAAGCAAGCUUCCGAUUUCAUCAUGUGUGCCGGCGAUGAUCAAACAGAUGAAGACAUGUUUCGUGUCCUUACAGAUGAUAAGAAUGCUUUUUGUGUCUCCGUCGGUCCCUUAUCGAAAAAGACAUUGGCCAAGUAUUGUGUUGAACAUAGUGAAGAUGUCGUCCAUAUCAUUGGUCAAUUAGUUAAUAACAGUACUUUAUAGAAUUCAUCAUUUAGACAUAAUAAAAUUUAAUGCUCUCCAA